UUUUUUUUAUCUAUAAGUACCUGAUCAACUUUCGAAUAUAAAGAAUCACUUCAACAAAGCAAUCUAUACUUUCAUUUUCCAUUUGUUAGUAUCUAGUCGUUGAGAUUGUUGAUCUAAACAUGAAUAUGCAAAUUUUUGCCACCUUUUGCAUUUUGUUUUUGGCCCAAGCCUUUAUCAUUCACGCUAAGCCUGAACCUGCAGCAGCUGAAAUCCAAGAUGCUACUGAUAUAGCAGAAAAACUCUUCGUAAAACUUAUGGCACACAUUCAAGAAGCUAUAGAUGAAGCUUCCGGUACUUUAAAAGCAGCCGUACAGGCAGUAAAUGAAACUGCAACCAAGUUAGAAGAUAAAGCUCAUGACGCUUUUGAUUUAGCUAUGAAGCCUCUCAAUGCUAAGCUGAAGGGUUUAUUGGAAGAAGCUGAAAAACUGGGACUUAACACAACUGACUGCGAACAUUAUAUUGACGAUCUUACCAAUCUACCAAAUAAUCUUAGUGAUGAAAUGGUCGACUGCAUGACGGAUCAAAUAUACAAAGCUACAGGUUACGUAGAUGAUAUUCUAAACCAUUUACAAGAAAUCGAAGAUACCAUGGCGAAUUAUACCAACAAAAUUCAUGAUUGCAAAGGCAAAAUUUGGAUGGAAGUAACAUGUUUGGCACAUCUAAGCGCCGAAAUGGCCAAAGACACCGUUGACAUUCCUUUGAAAAUUGCUGCGGAUGUAGGAAAAACUGUUCUAGCGAUUAAAACAUUGAUUCCUAAAGUGGGGCUAUGUUACACUAAAUCUUUGGCCCAACUUCCAAUCCAAGGGCUGGAAAUUGUACACAAAUUUGCCGAAUGUGUUGGAGUACCACAAAAUUAAGUGGGCUAUUGUUGUUAUGGUAUUGUAAGAGAACUUCAAAGUUGAAUAAAUAAUACUCACUGG